AUGGAUUUCAAAUGGAGGCCACUUAUCGUCUCUAAUGCGAAACACCAGGAGGAAAAGAAGAAGUUUUAUGACACUAUCAAAAAGAUGCACGAAAGAAAAAAUAAGGAGGUGAAUUACUUUAAAAGACAACAGCUGAAAGAAGACAUCGAUAACAAAAUCGUCAACUGGAAUCAUCAUUGGUAUCGCAAAUCUUGGAACUACUUCGACCCUGAUUUUAUGAGUGAAGAAGGGCUCGCCAAGCAUGCUGAAGUCGUUUAUAACACGAUGGGAGUGGGGACUUUUACUUUCAACACCGGUCGUGGAAAGCACUCCUCAAACGGAGUAUCCGCCAAUCAGAUGCGACUCUUGACUAUGUUCAAAGGGAGACCCAGAUGUGACGUCAGAAUCGACGGGAACAACGGAGGACUAGUCAUUUUGAAGCGUUGGUAG